UUGAACUCGUCGUCUCCUGCCACCAUCACAUUCACAGCUCCUGAAAAACGAGCCCCGUCUCUCAGGGUUUUAAAUUCGGUGGGUUUGAGGCCGGGGGCUCGGUGCCGGCACCGUUUGUCCCGGUGAACACGGACGGCUCCGUUUUGCAGGGUUCAUUUCGGGCCAGCCGAGCCCCCCCCUCCCUGCAGAGCAGCACAGGCGCUGGUGUUGGCAGCAGCAAGAGGCAGAACGGCCUUAAAACCGACUGGCGGCAGCUGGAGAAAAGCAAUCAUCACAAAUGACAGGCAUGACUCACGGCCAUGUCUUGAACCGCGGGAUGAAUUCCAGCCCUAACGAGCUGCAGCGGAACCCGGGGCUACCCGGGCCCUUCAGAGUCCGCUUCCCACAGCACUAACAAAUGUUAAAAGAGGCAAGAGAACAAGCACCUUCAGCCCCACAAUUUGGAGUUUUAUUUCUGUUCAGCGUCAGUCAGUAGAAAAUUCCCACUGUCAAACACUAUCGCCUGUUCCAGAACAGAGCUGACAGUUUUUCCAGACGCGUUAAAAGGAUGGGGGCAGCCGAUGAAACAUUCAGUAACAUAAACUACAGAAAUAUAAGUAACGGAGCAUUAAAGUACAGUGGAAAACAGGAACCUCUGGAGCAGCAGCAGCAUUUUCCAGCGCGCUAGCCAAACCACCACUGGAGGAGAAUGGGCUUCACGAGAAUCCAGAAGAAGAGCCACACAUCCUGCUGGAGUGUGACGGCGGCGUGCUGGAGGCCGUGCAAAAACAUCUCAAACUGUACAAGAUCCGGAGGAAAGUAAACAUCGCCCCUCGCCUUGACCUCUCUUUGUGGGCCGUCGUCCCCGGGGAGCGGGCUGGAGACAUGGCCGCUUCCCUGGCCAAAUCUGCAGACCAGGCCCUGCUCUUAACUCCUGACCCCAGAACAGAAGUCAUGGGCUGGAGACUGAUUACAAAGAAAGGAGUAAAUCCCUCGGAGGCUAUCCCUGGGAGUCAGAUUGGAAAUAUUGAGGAUUACCACAGGCACAGGUACCAACAAGGAAUUCCCGAAGGUGUGCAAGAUCUCCCUCCAGGAGUAGCCCUCCCUCUGGAAUCCAACCUGGCCUACAUGAAUGGCAUCAGCUUCACCAAAGGCUGUUACAUCGGGCAGGAGCUGACAGCCAGGACCCACCACAUGGGCGUCAUCCGCAAGCGGCUGCUGCCGGUCCGCUUUUCGGCUCCUCUUCCCAAGGACAGCAUUCCCGAGGGUGCCGAGAUCGUCACCGAAUCGGGAAAGUCAGCUGGCAAAUUCCGGGCUGGAGGAGGUGAUCUGGGUCUAGCUUUGCUGAGGUUGGCAAAUAUCAACGAACCUCUCUACCUUAAUAUCGCGGGUGAUAAAGUCAAGCUCACUGCAAAUACACCCGAGUGGUGGCCAAAAACUGCUGGUAAAUAACCCAGGAACCCCCAUUUGCCUUAUUUUUUGUGUGUGUGUGGUAAAUUUGGGAAGGCAGCUCUGCCUUCAGCUGUCGUUUGUGUGGUGUUUGAGGCAGGAUUCUAGGAUUUUCCGAAUCUCUUGUGUGCACUGAAUGUUUCUGUUCAGAAUAAUGAUUCUGGGGUGUCUUUUUUUUAACGGCGAGUGUGUCGCUCUUCCCUUGCACAAGUUACAUACUCAGGCUAAAGUGUUCACUGCAAAGGACUCCUUGCAUUGAGCUGCUUCUUAAACUUGUGUUUUUUCCCACCACUCCAGCUUCUAAUUAUGUUCAGGAAGGGGAAUAAUACCUUGUACUCUGCUUGAUUUUAAUAAGUAGUCCCAGUGGGAAAGCUCUCAAACAUCCCGGUCUCCGGCUUCGGUGCCGGCAGAGGGAGCACGGCCAACAGCAGCCACCUCCUCUGCCGCUCCCGACCUCCGUCCUUCGCCCAAACAACCAUUUUGGAGAGGAAAGGGUUAUUUUAUAGAAAGAAAGUCCACUGGGUGCGUGCCCUGGGGCGACUGUUGUAUCCUUGUAUCACCAUAAAUCCAUCCUGUGCCCGCUCUUGGAAUGGUGUGUGGUGUGGAAGGAGGUGAUGAGAGAGAUGAGCUGGUUUGAUCCCCUUCUGACCAAAAAACCCAAACUUUUGCAUGCCUUCUUUCUAACAAAAAACCGUCCAAAGCACGUUCUGCCUCUGUUUCGGGGUCACUGGAACUGUGAAGGGGAUUUGUGAAAAAUGCUCAUAUUGGUUGAAACUCUUUGCUUGCUGUAAAAUGAGUUUGUGGAAUCUCUCAUUAAAAGUUUAUUGUAUCAGUAAUUUAAA